GAUGUUGGGCGAAUUUCUGAAAUAAAAUAAGCGUACAUACAAAUAUGUAACUUAAAUAUAAAUGGUUCUGCAUCCUUAGUCUAGAUGAGAGUAGAUUUAUAAAAUCCUUUUUUACAAACAUAUACAAAUAAGAUCUGGCAACGCCAGUUGCGGGACCUAUCGAUAAUUCGAUAAGUAACGCUCCCAAGCCGGUAAACUAAACUACAAUAAAAAAAACUACAAAUGCAAAUGUUGUAAGCUUAAUUCAAAAAUAAAAAAUUUAAAUAAUGGCCCAAUCAAGCUCGAUGAAGCUGCUUGGCGCACGCAACAUGAGUUGCAUCGUGGAGCGUAUGGAGUGGAAUAACAAAAUGGAUCUCAUUGCCUAUGGCACCGAGAAAGGUGAGGUAAUUAUACAGCGCCUGAACUGGCAGAAAAUUGUCACUUUUCCGACACCUGGUGAGGAUGUGCGGGUCCGUUCACUAAGCUGGCAAAUGGAUGAGACUCUGCUAGCAGUCGGCUAUAGCAAUGGAAAGGUUGCACUACUCGAUGCCGAAAGCGAGACAAUAAUAUCCGGCCUAAUCUACGAAGAUGACAUCAAGAAGGUCUACUUCAGCAAAGCGAUCAAUUGCAAGGAAGGCCUUGACAGCUACACAUGUAAUGCCAAGGACAAGCACAAACGGUAUUUGCCGAAACUGCCUCCGCUGACUAAUAUCGAUCCUUGCCUGAAGACACUCGAUCAGAAGUCAUUUCCCAAGGGCUCACCCUGUUUCUUGGUUGUUAUUAUGCGUAGCGGUAAAGUGCAUUUACUGCUCCUUGGCGCCUUGCAAGCAGGAAGCAUAGAUCUCACACAACAUGUACUCAAUCCGGAUCAAUUCGAUGUGUACGAUGUACGGCUGAAUGGGGACUUUAAUGCCAUUUAUGCUUUGCUCCGCGACGGCCAACAGCUGAAGCUGCUGCAUUUUCAUAAUCAAGUACUGCAGGAUUGCAUCUCGCCCAUGUUGGAGUUGGCUUCCCACUGUGCCCACAUUCUAGAGACCAAAAAUUACAUCAACGACACGCAGCAAUGCCUAACGGAGGCUUGGGAAACGGUACAACUUGAAAUGGACAACAAGCUGACCAAGUACGCCAAUUCUCAGGCUUAUGGCAUGAUUUCAGCGCACUUUUUGGAGCUGCUCGUAUUCGGCUAUGCCACAUUGGAGGUCGAGGAGUUUCUGUUCGAAACGCUAACGGAGAAGGGCUUCAAGAAAAUAGCCAACUCUGUGGAUCUAUCCCUGAAUAAUCUUCAGGGCCUAGUCUUUAAGCAGCUAAACGGUGCCGCCAUUAACAUGUUCUACUUUCUCAACACGAUUGCGGGCUUUGGACGCAUGACGCAUUUCUUCGAGGCACUCAUCUCACCAGAUGUCGCCAGCGAGGCAAUGCGUGCCUGCGGCUCCUUUUUGCUUAAAGUACAUGAACUGCAGCGCACGAUUGACACAUUAGUAUAUGACAUGAAGCUGUUCCAUUCAUGGAUUAUAUUCACUAUACUGCGUCUGUCCCAUCAAGAGAUACCCGAUGAUAUGGUCUUUACCGGCAAGGAGAAUGUUGCGCUGGCUGAGUUCUUUUGCGCCAUGGAACCGGAAAUACCUGAACCAAACGAAAGUGGGGACAUCAGCGACGAUAAAUCAGCAACGGCGUCUGCAACCACAGGAGAGGAGGGUCUUUUGGGCGACGUAAGUUCCACUCCAAUCACGCGCAGUAAAUUCAAUUUGGAACGCGUGGGACAAUAUCUGGAAAAUUCAUAUUUGACCCAGCUGCAUACUGCCAACCCAUCGGAAGUUUGGCCACGCCUGCUGGCCGAAAAUGAGUGCCUAGCUCAGUGCAACCUGCUUGUGCCUCAUGAUAAAAAGCUUUCGCUGCUGCAGCAGCGCGACAAAAUGUUUAAUGCCAUUGAUGCAGUAUUCCACAAGCCCACAGAGAGCAUUAGUGCCAGCUUCAAACUUAGCACGACUGUGAUAUGUGGCGAUCUACAACAGUUACAUGCUGAAUCUGCGGCUGAGCCGGAUCAGCAAUCGACUUAUGAUUUUGUGAAUUGCAGCUAUUAUGUACACGAGGCAACCAAAUGUGAUAUGCUGGCAUUAACAAUCGGCUUGCACGAGGCGAUGGUGCUGGAGUUCAGUCGAGGCGAGGACUGUAUGUUGCGCUGCAUUCGUGUGCGGCUGCAGCCUGGUCCAAUUACGUCUCAGCUGCAGGAGGACUACUACAAUCUGCGGUUUGUCGAUCUACAGUUCUACAACGAAUCCUCACUUUCGAUGCUGGUGCAGACGUUAACAUCCGCAACAGGUGUACGCCCACACAGUUACUUUUUGCAGUUCUCGUUGAGCGCCGCAAGAAAUCACUGCACUCAGCAUCAAUUGGCGCCACUAAUUAAACUGACAGAGGCGACGAUGACGCACAGUGUACACGAUAUACCGGAAGCGGCCGCAUUUAAGGCCCUGGACGGAGUCUGCGAAAUGCUGGCCGUCUCUGGCAGUCGCAAGGUAGCCACCGUUCUCUCCGAUCGCCGGCGCAAGAUGACAAUAUUUGAAAUGGAAAUCGAGGAGGAAGAGGACGAUACGGAAAUGUCACAAACAUCGUUCUUAGAGAUCAGCAAGGAAUCUGUACUGGCUACCGGAUCCAACGAAGCGGAGAAAUUGGGAGAAACGUAGUAAUACCCAGCCAGCAAAGAUUGAACUUGAAAUGUCAAUUUUUCGGCAUAAUUGGCACAUGACUGUAGUUGAAAUGACUCGGGUUUGACUUUCAUAACUUGUCGCCUCAUUUGUCUUUUUUUGUUUCAACUCUUUACUUAGCAAAGAAAUAUUUAGGUAUAUUAUAAUUAUAAAAUACAUUUAUGUACAAAACAGAAAACAAGCGGUUCACGGACCACGUGUUGAGUCUAAAUUAAAUUUCAUGCAACGAAAUGCCGAAAAUCCAAUUUUGAGCCACAAAAAUGUAAAUUAAUUAAUCAUUAAAGCCCUACACACAGACACGCCAAAUAUAAAAAAUAGAAAAAGAAAAGGAAAAUGAAAUGAUUUUUGGCAAUCGUUUCGAGUGAGAGAAAACUAGUGCUUAAUUGUUAGAGUUCUGAUACAAAGAGAAAUAAAAUUAAAAACCAUUAAA